GCCGCGGCGCGCGCUUGUAUCCAUAGCAACGUGAGGGUAUUCUGCGCGCCGAAGCACUGCCGCUCCGUGCUGCACACUCCUCCAACCCAUUUUAUCGGCGGCUGCUUACUACUACGGCGUGUAUGCUUGCGCGCCCGCACCGUACCGGCUUGACCGAGGACCGUGGAGCGCACGAUCGACUCGCCACUCCGCCGUCGUCGCCGCCGCACCGCACGCUCGCCGGAGUGCCGGAGUGAAAGUCUCGCCGAUCGCGUCGUGCUGCGAGCCGCAUAGUUAAAGACAAGCUAAAGUCGUCCGUCGCCGUCUUGUCUGCCUAUCGCGCGAACUCAGAGUGAAAUAACACAAGUGGGUGAAGUUCGCAUUGUAAUAUCAGUAAAAUAUUUACAUUCGCACAGUACACCGCGUGGAUUAAAAACGUGCGAUACGAUGCGCCGCGGGGUGCAGUCGCGAUUUUCCACAGCGUGACGGGGAAAAUGUGAAUGACGCGAUGAGCGGUGCCAACGACAGAAUGGUCGAAGGGGUGACUUCCCCCGGCAGUUACAACUACGGCCGCUCCGGCGUGCUCGAGACGCACGUUCGCGGCCAAUGGUAUCGCGUGUUUGUCACGCUCGAGGACGACUAUCUCAGCAUCACCCUAGAUGAAUCCUACGAGAACACCACCACGCUGAAUGGCACGCUCAACAAUAACAUCGAAACGCCGAGCGGGCUCAGCGACACCCCCGAUGUACCCGACUCGGUCGCCAACCAGAAACGUAGUGUGCGCGUCGUCAAGUCCGAUAACAACGGCCUUGGUAUCUCUAUCAAGGGAGGCAAGGAGAAUAAGAUGCCGAUUCUCAUUAGCAAGAUCUUCAAGGGGAUGGCGGCGGAUCAAACGGAGGAGCUGUACGUCGGCGAUGCGAUCCUGUCGGUGAACGGCGAGGAUCUGCGCGAGGCGACACACGACGAGGCGGUGAAAGCGCUCAAGCGGGCGGGAAAAGUCGUCGAGCUCGAAGUGAAAUACCUGAGGGAAGUGACGCCAUACUUUCGCAAGGCGAGUAUCAUCUCCGAGGUCGGCUGGGAGCUGCAGCGUGGGUUCUUGUCCUGUGCGCCGCCGGCGGUCCGAUCGCCCCAGAGGGCCGACACGCGAUAUCUGCCGCUGCAGCUGUGUCACUUGGCUCGCAAUUUUCGAUAUCCCGAUCCCGAAGGUCGAGUGCUGGAGCUGCAUUCACCGGACGCGGUGCAUAGCUGCGUCCUGCGAGCGGCUGAUCCGGGCGAGGCAACCGCGUGGUUCAACACGCUGCAUUCGGCGUUAGCAGGACUCACGACAGCAGCCCUACAUGAAGCAGCGAGGGCUAUUCCCGACCUUCGACAUAUCGGAUGGCUGGUGCGCAGGCCACGCUUAGAGAACAACAUGUCCAGUUCGGAGAGCAGUGAAGAUAUGGACAGAUGGCAUUCGAUCUUUGGCGCCGUCACCGACAGCGAGUUACGAUUGUAUGAAAGCGCACCCUGGUCGGGGGAUGCGUGGCGAGCGCCCGCCGAGGCGUACUCACUGAUUGCGACGCGAUUAGUCGGCUCCGGCAAACGGGCGGAUUUGCCAGAGUUCAGCAUACGCUGCGCCACUGCCGACGGCGUGAUAACGCACAGCUUGCGGGCGGAAACGCAUCGGGAUUUGGCCGGAUGGGCGAAAGCUUUGGUCAACGGAAGUCACGCCAGCGCCGUUACGCAACGCGAACUCGUUUGCAGAUGCUCGUGGAAGGGAAGGCCGGCGCAAUUAGUUAUUCAUUAUGAAAAUGGAUUCACACUUCUCGAAGCCGGAACUGGCUCCAGGACGCUUUGGAGAUUCCCGUUCGACCGAUUACGGAACUCGUCGGACGAUGGAAGGCGAAUGUUAUUUUUGGAUUUCGGUGGAGAGGAUAGCGACAUUGAACUGGACAUGGACGGAUGUCCCAAGCCAAUAGUAUUUAUACUACACAACUUUUUGUCUGCCAAAAUUCAUCGACUCGGAUUAUACGCAUAAAUAAAAGCGGUGAUGAAGCAGCGGUUUUAGAUGAACCUCCUUCCGAAGAAAGGUUGCGUCAAUUAAUAAUUGGACGAACGAAUCGAUUUCUUCUCCGUUGUGAAAGAAUAUUCCGUGACUGCCGUUCGUCCCGUCAUCGAAAUCAAUCAAAAUGGUCAAGCAUCAAAAAGCACAAGUCGACUACAAUGAAAAAUCAAACGAUGGCAUGCCCUUUAAUUGUUUAUCAUUAACAAGUAUUUUACUUCUUAUUAGGUGAUCUUUUAGUCGGUCUAAUUUAUACAUGUUUGUGCCUUUGCUCUAUGUUCAUAAGAUGCAUAGAGAAAUGGUACAAAUUUAGCUCUCAUUAGUAUUUUUAUAACUAGUUUUAAACAAAUUUCCAUUACCAUAUAAGACACAACGAUUUAUUUGUUAGAUGAAUAUUUUCAACCGAAUCCAAAGACAUAGUCAAGUCUCAAAUCUACCUAUACAAUUUCUUUAUAUAAAAGUUAAUUGUACUUUUACUGCUUUUACAAGAACGUAUGUUUAGAAUUGUUAUAUAUAAAAAAAAACUUUACAAUGAUGAAACUACUACUCUACCAUUUCAAAAGUGUGUGUGGUAUCAAUGUUACUUACUCCAAAAACACUUGAGAAGUGAGUUAACAUUAACUAAUAUAAAUUUAAUGAAACUAUGUCCAUGAUUGUACAUACUGAGAAUGAUAGCUUUUUACUGCGUGGUUUAGUAGUUACAUUGAUAUGGUUAGUGACAAAUAUUUGAUGAUUACAAUAAAUCUGUAAAUAUAACAUUGUAAUACCACUAAUACUCCAAACAAAAAAUAACAUAGUCAGAACAUAUAUUAUUGUAUAGCAAUAAAUGUAAAUUCAUCGUUA